ACUUUGCAAGAAAAGUGGCAACACGGGGGUUUAUGAUCGAUUUACGAUUCUUUUAAUUUCUUACUACAACUGAUUUCACAGCAAUGGAGGAAGAAUACUCUUUCGUUGAUACUUCGAAACUGCUCCAAGCAGCAUCUGACUUCUCGUUUGAUCCUGGUACUCGGUCAGAAGCUGCUGUGAAGGAAUUUCUCGCUUCUUUUCCCCUUCCGGUGAUCAUCAAUGCUUUGCAAACCAAAGGAGAUGUGCCUGGUUUGGAGGAUGCACUGAUUGAUUGUCUAGAAAAGAUAUUCAAAACAAAAUAUGGAGCUUCCCUUAUCCCACAUUUCAUGCCAUUCAUUCUGGUUGGCCUUCAAGCAUACUCUCAGAGAGUCAGGACCUUGUCAUGUGAAACGAUCUCCAGCCUUUUGAAGAAUCUUGAAGAUACUUCUGGUUUAGCCACUUCACUAAUCAAAGAAAAUGGCGUGUAUCCACUUUUACUUGAUUGUCUUGUUGAUGGUGAUGAACAAGUAGCUGUUGCUGCAACAGAUUCAAUCAGGGAUCUAGCAUGCUCUCAACAAGGGAUUGAAAUCAUAUUCCCAGCUACACCCAAUGAAGCUACAGAUAUUACAAAUUUAGCUGCAAGAUGUUCAUCACUGGGGCGUGUUCGGGUUUUGGCAUUGAUAGUGAAGCUGUUUUCUACUUCAAAUGCAGUUGCAUCUUUAGUUUACAACUCAAAUCUUCUUGGCCUCUUAGAGGCAGAAGUUCGCAAUGUUAAUGAUACACUCGCAACCUUGAGUGUUUUGGAACUUCUUUAUGAGUUGGCUGAGGUUCAACAUGGAAUGGAAUAUGUUCUACGCACCAAUAUUUUGCAGCUACUUAUUUCCAUAAUCAGAAAUUCUACUGCUGAAUCAAUGUUGAGAUCAAGGGCAAUGAUGAUAAGUGGACGACUUUUAUCCAAAGAGAAUGUUCUCAUGUUUAUAGAUGAAUCCAGUAUAAAAGCUGUGAUUUCAGCCAUUGAUGAAAGGCUUUCAGUGUUGGAUAAUAGUCAAGAUGCAGAUGAAUGUGAAUGUGGUCUUGAAGCAAUGGGGCAAAUAGGGUCAUCAACACAAGGGGCUGUUUUGUUGAUAUCAAACACAUCUGCUGCUAGACGUGUUGUUAAUGCUGCAUUUGAUCUGCAUGGGCGUGGAAAACAACUGGCUGCGUUGCAUUCUCUUGGGAAUAUUGUGGGAGGAACUCGCCCUGAAAACAACAAAUUACUGAAUGCGGAUUCUGAAGAAAGCCUUAAAAGAUUAAUAUAUGAAACAGCAUCCAACACUCCAAAACUUAUUCCAUCUGGACUUGUUCUCUCGAUUCUCAAACUCGAGUCUGAAUUUCGUAUUGCGGGUUAUAGAAUGAUAUCAGGAUUGGGUGCUAGACCAUGGUUUCUAGUGGAGAUAUGUUCCAGACAAGAGAUAAUAAAGAUAUUGACGGAUUCGUUUACAGAAACAACUAAAAUAGGCAUGGAGGCUAGAUAUAAUUGUGUUGAGGCGAUCUAUAAGGCUCUUUCAUCAUCAUCAAAGUUUCUGAACGAUCCGGCUCUUUCUGGGACAGCCGAAAAGCUGGUGGAGGCUAUUAGAAAGGGCCCAUAUCUUGCGAAAGGAAGACAAAGGGAAGCCCAACCUGAGGUGGCAACGGCUGACAGAUUUUAGUUUUUUCUUGAUGUUGAAAAGUGGCUGUUGAAGUCAACCAAAACUUUUUACUGUGUAUGACACUGACACAAAAUGUUGUAGUCGAACAAAAUUUGGAGGAUUAAAUAGUUUGAUGAGUUUUUCUGA